AUGCAUUUCGUUGUCUACAUUCUUGUCCUUGUCGCCUGUGCUCCGAUUAUCGGAUUCUCACAGAUGUAUGAUGAUGGUUCUUAUUCUAGUCAUGAAGAUGGUAUAGUGAGCGAUGGAGUGCAGGCGGUGAAAGGGAUUGUGCAAGACGCUGAGAAUACGCUCACAGAUGGUCUUUCAAAAAUAUUACCGCAGGGAUCAAACCAUGAGCAUCAACUUCAGAAUCGUCCACAAUUGUACGAAGGAGGAGUGGGUAAUGGAAUUCUGCAAGAAGGAAUAUUAAGAGAUGGCUUUGUUGAAGGAGGAAUUUUAAAUAAAGGCAAAAACGGAAGAGACUAUAUUGUUGGAUAG